UUCUCGUACAACACAGGUAUCUCGGGCUCCAUCGCGACCAGCAAUUCCUGGGGCGCGCAGCCUCCAGCCUUGUUCCCGGAGUCUCUUUCCUCCCUGGGCCUCCGUCUCACGCCCACAGCCCUUCGCAGGAAGCCGACUCCCAAACCCGGGCAGGGGGUGUGGGCCGAGGACGAAACCCCGCCCCCAGGGGUCCCUGAUCUUUGCCCCCGCCCCGGGCUCCGCGCCUCCCCGGGAGGCCACCGGCGGGCCGGCGGGCGCCGCUGCCUUUUGUGUGUUUCGUUUCGAGGUGCGAGAGACCCCCAGCCGUUCGCCGCGUCCCCUCGCGGCCCCCGGAGCCUCCUCUCGGCGUCCCCAGCCCCCCUGCUCGGCUCCGCGUGCCAGCUCGGGGCUCGCUGGUUCGCUCCCCGCGGCGCCAGGAGGAGGGGCGAGGGCCCGCAGCCCCCUCCCCCGCGCGCGGCGCCGGAGCCCAGCCGAGCCGGGGGGACCCGCCGCCGCCGGUCAUGUGGGCCGGACUGCUCCUCCGGGCCGCCUGCGUCGCGCUCCUGCUGCCGGGCACCCCGGCCCGCGGCUACACCGGGAGGAAGACGCCGGGGCACUUCGGGGCCGAGAGACGCCGGCUGGGCCCCCACGUCUGCCUCUCGGGAUUCGGGAGUGGCUGCUGCCCUGGCUGGGCGCCCUCCAUGGGCAGUGGGCACUGCACCCUUCCCCUCUGCUCCUUUGGCUGUGGGAGUGGCAUCUGCAUCGCUCCCAAUGUCUGCUCCUGCCAGGACGGAGAGCAAGGGCCCACCUGCCCAGAAGCCCAUGGACCCUGCGGGGAAUACGGCUGUGAUCUCACCUGUAACCACGGCGGCUGUCAGGAGGUGGCCCGAGUGUGCCCCGUGGGGUUCUCCAUGACCGAGACAGCGGUUGGCAUCAGGUGUACUGACAUUGAUGAAUGUUUAAGCUCCUCUUGCGAGGGCCACUGCGUGAACACGGAAGGCGGGUUCGUGUGCGAGUGUGGGCCGGGCAUGCAGCUGUCUGCAGACCGCCACAGCUGCCAAGACACUGAUGAAUGCCUUGGGACCCCCUGCCAGCAGAGAUGUAAAAACAGCAUUGGCAGCUACAGGUGUUCCUGUAGAACUGGCUUCCAUCUCCAUGGCAACCGGCACUCCUGUGUAGAUGUAAACGAGUGUCGGAGGCCCCUGGAGAGGAGAGUCUGUCACCAUUCCUGCCACAACACCGUGGGCAGCUUCCUGUGCACCUGCCGACCUGGCUUCCGGCUCCGGGCUGACCGAGUGUCCUGUGAAGCUUUCCCCAAAGCUGUGCUGGCCCCGUCUGCCAUCCUGCAGCCUCUACAGCGCCCUCCUAAGAUGCUCUUGCUGCUUCCAGAGGCAGGCCGGCCCGCCCUCUCCCCCGGGCACAGCCCUCCUUCUGGGGCUCCAGGGCCCCCGACUGGAGUCAGGAGCACACGACCACCACCUCCCUCGCCUGCACUGUCCACGUUCUCCCCUUCCGCCCCGACGCCGCUGCUGUCCACCCCGGUGGCCACCCCCGUGCCGCAUCCCUCUCUGCUGGGAACCCUCAGACCUCCCGCACAACUCCAGGAGAAGACGGCGGUGACCCCUCCCUUGCCCAGGGGCCCCGAGACCACACGGCUGGCACCAGGACCCUCUGCCUGUUGGCACCUAGGGGCCACGUAUGAGUCAGGGAGUCGCUGGACAGAGCCUGGCUGUUCCCAGUGCUGGUGUGAGGAUGGGGAGGUGACCUGUGAAAAGGUGACGUGUGAAGCUGCUUGCUCCCACCCGAUUCCCUCCAGAGAUGGAGGGUGCUGCCCAUCGUGUACAGGCUGUUUUCACAGUGGCGUCGUCCGGGCUGAAGGGGACGUUUUUUCACCUCCUAACCAAAACUGCACCGUCUGUGUCUGUCUGGCUGGAAAUGUGUCCUGCAUCUCCCCCGAGUGUCCCCCCGACCCCUGCCAGGCCUCCCCGAAGUCAGACUGCUGUACUUGCAUCCCAGUGAGAUGCUAUUUCCACGGCCGGUGGUAUGCAGACGGGGCCGUGUUCAGUGGGGGUGGUGAUGAGUGUACCACCUGUGUCUGCCAGAACGGGGAGGUGGAAUGUUCCUUCACACCAUGUCCGGAACUGGACUGCCCCCGCGAGGAGUGGUGGCUGGGCCCUGGGCAGUGCUGCUAUGCCUGCAGGGAACCCGUGCCCAUGACAGGCUGCUCUCUCGACGACAACGGGGUUGAGUUUCCGGUUGGACAGAUCUGGUCUCCCGGUGAUCCCUGUGAGUUAUGCAUCUGCCAGGCAGAUGGCUCAGUGAGCUGCAAGAGGACAGACUGUGUGGACUCCUGCCCUCACCCGAUUCGAAUCCCCGGACAGUGCUGCCCAGACUGUUCGGCAGGCUGCACCUACACAGGCAGAAUCUUCUACAACAACCAGACCUUCCCAUCUGUGCUGGACCCGUGCCUGAGCUGCAUCUGCCUGCCCCCAGAACGAAAGGCCUUGCGAGUUUUCUGUGUCCUGCAGCUGGGCUCCGUGGCCUGCUCGCCCGUGGACUGCCCCAUCACCUGCUCCUACCCUUUCCACCCUGAUGGGGAGUGCUGUCCAGUGUGCCAAGACUGCAACUACGAGGGGAGGAAGGUGGGGAACGGCCAGGUGUUCACCUUGGACGAUGAGCCCUGUACCCAAUGCGUAUGCCAGCUGGGAGAGGUUACCUGCGAGAAGGUGUCCUGCCAGCAGGCCUGCUCGGACCGCACCACGCCCCGCAGGGACUGCUGCUCCUCCUGUCCAGAGUCCCUGGAGGAGAGCCGGGCACUGUCCCCUCGUGGAGACGUGGAGCUCAGCAAAGCAGCCCGGAGCCCCCGUGGAGACCCCGAGGCCCCCAUCAACUGCAGCUCCUGCCCAGGGCCCCCAGCGGUGGCUCCUCAGAGGCCAGCGCUCCAGCUCCUCCAGCUCCUCCUGAGAAUGAACCUGUCUAACACCCAGACUUUACCCGUGAGCCCCUCAGGAGCCCAGGCCUCACCCUCACCGUCUUCGAGGCCAAGGGGGCCCGGGGCCUCCCAGCCUCCUCAGCCCUCAUCGGGGCCUCUGAUCCCUCCAGGAGCCUCCUCUCUACCUCCGGCCUCUCCCAGGGCUCCCGGACCCCCUCCUUUGACUCCAGCGCUCCCGUCCUCCGCCUCCGGGGCCCACUCAGCGUCCAGAAGGCCUUCUCUGCCUGCCGCUGUCCCUCGUGGAGCCUCAGCCCUUUCCACAACAGGCCCCGGCGCUUCAGAGACCCCCGUCACUGUCCUCAGGCCUCGCAGGUCCUCUCCAGCCACCUCCAGACUCUCUGCAGCCCUCGUGGCCACAGCCAGCCCCAGCCCCCGGCAGCCCACCCUGGGGACCUCACAGGAGGAGGAGUCCACGGUGUAAGCAGGCCUCCGUUUCAGGGUCAUGCCUGGGGCAUGCGGGACAGAGAAGACUCUGCCAGCGGCCCUGGGAGUUUGCAGGGCCGCUCUGGGGACCAACGAAGCUGCUGAUCCUGCAGGACUCCUGGCACGGCUGGAAAAUCCUCAGGGCCUGAUGUAGCCUUGUUCACAGGAAGGAUUUGGGAUGUGUUGUGAGAAUCCAGCAACGUGUUCUCCAUGGUCAGCAUCCUGCCUGGACCACAGCCCGCCUAUCUUUUGAGAAAGGUUAGGGCAGCUGACUCCCUGCCCCGGAGGAGGAGGAAGGUCCGAAGGGCCUGGGAUUCCACUGGGAUUGUGCUACCAGCCGCCACAUGUCCUCACCUGGGGUCUCCUGAUUAAAAUCUGUCUGGUCUCCUGCA